GGGAACAUAAUCAACCAUUGCAACGUCCCAGGGACGGUCGCGCUAACAUUCGACGACGGUCCGUCCCCACACACCUCCCAUGUCCUCGAUAUACUGGACAGACACGGAGCCAAAGCGACCUUCUUUGUCAACGGCGACAACUUCAGCCGUGGUCACAUCGAUGACCAUUCGACUCCUUGGCCAGAGACGCUGCAGCGCAUGCACCAGUCGGGUCAUCAGAUUGGAUCUCACACCUGGUCACACGUCGAUUUGACCGCCGUCAGCUCCUGGACACGUCAGCAAGAGAUUUCCGACCUCGAACAAGCAUUCGUUAACCUGUUCGGCUGGUAUCCCGUCUACGUUCGCCCGCCGUAUGGCUCAUGCGAACACGAGUGUCAGGGGGACUUGGCCUGGAUGGGUUACCACGUUGUGACGUGGGACAUCGACACUAAAGACUACGCCAACGACUCGCCCGAGGCGAUUUACAUCGCCAAGGAAACCUUCUCCAAUGCCCUGUCUAUGGACCCAUCGAGCAACUCGUACAUUGCGCUCAGCCACGACGUGCACGUACAAACAGCCUACACCUUGACUGAAUACAUGCUCGAUACGCUCGGAAGCCGCGGAUACAGGGCCGUCACUGUCGGCGAAUGUCUCGGUGAUCCUGCCGAGAACUGGUACCGC